CCCCAUAUUGCACCCUCUGUGAGCUAUAUGACAGAUUGGCCAUGCCUGCCCCCUUCACCACGUGUCCUGUUGGACUCUUUACGACGUUCCUUUACGGCUGUCGCACUAAACCUAAACACACAGCAUGUCCCGGAACAGUAAGUGUACAGCAGCCCCAGCUCGGUUGUUUCACCCCAUUCCCCGCUGCACCCCGUCAUUUAUUGAUUGUUUAUUGUGUGUUUCUCUCCGCAGAGCACAGACGGAACGGAAAGGGAGCUGCCAAGUCUCAGGUAGGACUCAGGGUCCAGCCAGCCCGAGAUAGACCCAGCGCGCGGAGCAUGCUGGGAUGUGUAGUGCUGGUAACCCCUACAUAGAGCGGCAUGGAAUGCAGCUGGAACUACAAACCCCGUCAUGCAUUUCGGACACGUGUUUUCAGCUGUGCUACUUUUUCAGCGAUAUGGAACGUUAUAAUAAAACCUGAUACAAUGUAAUCUCUAAACAUGUCCACAGUCUACACAGCCACUGGCCUCCCCUGGGUCUCCUGGACUCCAUAAUGGCUGGUUUCCUUCUACUAACAGAAAUUCAGAUUUGGUGAAUUAGAGGGCAGUAGGGCUCCAUGUGAAAUAAUAAUAUAUCUAUAUAUAUAUAUAUAUAUAUAUAUGUACAAUAAAAGGUUUGUUUUAAUAAGUUUAUAAAUAUAGUACUAGUUUUCCAAUGGGUAUGACUGAAUCACAAGGAAAGGUUAAAGGAUCUUAACAUGUGUAACUUGGAGGAAAGACGAGACGGGGGGAUAUGAUAGAAACAUUUAAAUACAUAAAGGGAAUCAACACAGUAAAGGAGGAGACUAUAUUUAAAAGAAGAAAAAUUACCACAACAAGAGGACAUAGUCUUAAAUUAGAGGGACAAAGGUUUAAAAAUAAUAUCAGGAAGUAUUACUUUACUGAGAGGGUAGUGGAUGCAUGGAAUAGCCUUCCAGCUGAAGUGGUAGAGGUUAACACAGUAAAGGAGUUUAAGCAUGCGUGGGAUAGGCAUAAGGCUAUCCUAACUAUAAGAUAAGGCCGGGGUCUAAUGAAAGUAUUUAGAAAAUUGGGCAGACUAGAUGGGCCGAAUGGUUUUUAUCUGCCGUCAUAGUCUAUGUUUCUAUCACUGGAAAGUGACAUUUGUCAUGGGUUGUCACGGUGUUUAACUCGCAGCGUUGUCCUAACACGUUAUGGGAUUCAGGGAGCCACAAAAGGGGUAGCUUCACAUGAGAGAACAGUUUUGGUGCAGGAUUAGAUCUAAACUUCAGGCUCGUACAUUGAAGGCAAACUAAUGGGUUAAAUUAAUUCAUGUGUUUUAAGGUAAUGCUUAAAAAAAUUAGAGAAAAAAAAUAUCCCCCUUUAAUGUUUACGUUGAUGCCCUGUUCAGCCGGUCGUCUUGCAGACCCUCUCACCAGGAAGAGUUGUCCUAUCAGUAGCACCUCAUUUUUGUCUAUCAGGUCUCUUCUUAUCCCAUAAACCAUUGUUGUGCAGCGAUUUAUAGGAUAAGAAGUCAGAAUGAGAGGACACAAUUUCCAUAAUUUGUUUUCUCAUUUAUGGGAUGAGUAGUUUAUCCCCUAGAAGCAGUUUCACUCAUGACAGAUGAUCAGCUCAGGGGGCUUUUUGUGCUUUUAUAACGCUACGCAAAGUUGUGCUUAAAGUAACCCUUUCAUAUUGCAAGUCAUUUUUGUUUGAAACAAAUUCUGGAUUAUUUACUGAGUGAGUGAGGAUUGUCUGGAGUUUAAGGUGAAUUUCAAAUUUGAAACGUAAAGUAUGCCUUUAGUGCUGCUGUUUUGCUAUUAAAUGUGAACUUCACCUGAAUUUCCAGUCCUCGAUUUUUAGUAAAUAAUCAUGUUUGCCUUUAUCCGUUUUGCCUUCUAAAACCAAAAUUCUACUCUUAACAAUACUUGUAACUGUUAUCACUGCAAUAACUGCUCUUAUGACAUUACAGCAACAUCCAGUAUAUGCAUAAUUCAGUGACUGUUUUAUUCUGUUAAGGGCGAGAUAUUUAGGAGAUCCCACGCACUGUCGCAGUCUGUUAGUAACAGCACGGACACCUCUGUCUCACCUUUGCUCUCUCCAAAUAGAAACCUUACAGUGCCUUGUCCUUCCUAAUAAAUGUAGUUUAUAACUUUUUACUGCACUUUUUUUUUUUUUUGGCAGGGUAAAGGGCCACCAAAUCCUGGAAAAAAUGUCAAGAAAGAUCCCGGUGUGCCCAACCUGUCACACUUCAAGGAUCAGGCCAAGAGAGAGGCAGAACAGAAGAGGAAGAGGGUGAGACAUAUAUCUAUUCCAUGCUGUAAUAUCUAACCUUGGGAACCCCGUUUGUGAACUACCUUUUCAAUGAUAGACAGACUUAUGUCUAGAUUUAUAGGUUCAUGUAAUUCAGAAUUCAUGGUGGCUGACCACCUUUACAUUGAUCAGCUUUGAUACAUUUUGGAGUAUACAAUGUUACCUUCAUAGUCUGUUAACCAAAUUUGAUAAUAUACAUGAUUAAAGGGACACUAUAGGCACCCAGAUCACUUGAUCUUAUUGAAGUGGUGUGGGUUCAAAGCCCCUGUCCUCUUAGCAAUGUUUACAUAGCAGAGUUAAGCCUACCUCUAUUGGCUGUCUACCAGAACCUACUAGAGGCACUCCCUGGCCUUUCACGGAGUUUGACUCAAUGAAACUAUGCCGUACAUCCAGCGUCUUCUAAAUCACCACAGGAAAUCAUUGAUUAAAUGAGUUUCUAUAGGGAAGGCCAAAUGUGGCACUCGCUUCAAAUUUGCGUUAGGUUCCUCCCUUCCUUUUAAAGAAGGAUAUUAAAUUCUGUAAUUUGAGUACGGAGAACCUCAGGUUACAUUCAAUGAUCUAGUCCUAUAAGAAAAAUAUUUUUACAUUUGCACGAUAUUAAUUGAGGUGUAGACAUAUGUGUGAAUAGACAACUGACUAACACGGUGGUGGGAGGGCCACAUUAAAUGCCCAAUUAAACCGUUAUUCCAAGCAUCAUAACUACUAUAGUAUGCUGUAAGGGUUAUGGUGCCUGGAGAACCCUAACCCAGUUUCCCGGUUAUGGGGACAACGUUUUGCAAAUGUCUCCGCCGAGGCACCAGGUAGAGUUACAACUCCAGCAGCAGAGGGGUUAAACUCUGUAUGUGCAGCAUUUCAAAGCAAAAUGCUACACAUGCAGGCACCAUGACCACUUAAAAUCACUGAAGUUGUGAUGGUGCUUGGGCUAACCCUUUAAUUGCAGAAUAUAAAAUAUAUACACAUCUAAUACAUAUGGACAUAAUCUCUGUAAUCUGAUGGUUCAGGUCUGAAUCAGAACAGAGAGGUUUUGGUUUAUUGAUAUUUUACCAUGAUUUCUGGUCUUGCUGUAGGUAGAAGAAAUGAGGGAGAAGCAGAGAGCAGCCCGAGAGAAGGAGGUAGCGAAAAGACGAAGCUUGGAUACCUUUCAAAAGGACAUCCUGAAGAGGCAGAGAGAGUUUGAGCAGAAGGUGAGUCUCUUCUAACUUUCCCAUAUUCCAUACAGUUACAGUCUGAAGGGUAUAGUCAAAACAGUGAACCUCGAAUUCCACAGAAUUGAGCCAAACUAAACUGCCGGAUAAACCCCACGCUUUGCCUUUACUCUCAUAAACCCCCAUAGUGUUUGGUUCAUUCAUGGAAAGGUAAGCAAGUGGUUAAUUUUGAACUUAUCUGUAUCUUUUAAUCAUAUCCCCACUUCGGAUUCUCUUUUCUGGGGCGAAUACCCUUAUAUGGAAAUUUUAUUCAUGUGAGUUAAAGGGACAUUCAAAGCUCCAACAUCACUUUAUUAGGUUUUGGUGAAUAUACCCUGUCCCUUACCUCUGGUUAAAUAAUAUAUUGGCAUUACAGUGAAAUUUCAAUCAAGGUGUGCUUUCUUGGGAAGGGAAUGGUGGGAGAGUGGUUUUUGUUUUAUUAUCCAUUUCGAAAAUAAAUAACACCAUUUAAUGAUCUAGUCUUAUAAAAAAAUAUGUUUACGUUCCGCCCGAUAUUAUUUCAGGUGUAAACAUAUGUGUGAAUAGACAACUGACUAACACGGUGGUGGGAGGGCCACAUUAGAUGACCAGUUAAAGUGUUAUUCCAACCAUCAUACCUACUGUAGUCUGCUGUAGUGGUUAUGGUGCCAGGAAAACCCUAGCCCAGUUUCCCGGUAAUGUGGAAACACCAAUAAUAUUACAGCCUUUCUAAAAUAAAAGGGGAUUUGGUUAUUGCCUAUGGACAGGCUGUGACACUGAUGGUUAUCUUUGUGUGUGUGUUUCAUUAAAAACAAAUGUGUCUGCGCAGGAGGCGGAUCUUAAAAGCCUUGAGAAACACGAGCAGUUGGAGACUGAAAAUUCCAGAAAGGCUUAUUAUCGAGAGUUUAAAAAGGUCAGUGUCCUUGUUUUACUUUUGUUUGAACGUUCUAACGAUCUUACCCCAGUCCUGGGAUACAGCAAGUACAUUUUGUUUAGACAUAGCGUUAAUACAUGAUUUAUAAAUAUGGUUAUUUGUUUAAAUAUGUCUGUCUGCAUCCGUCUUAGAGAGUUAUGAAUGCGCCGUUUUCUGCAGCCAGCGUUCUACCCCAGGACGAAAUAUACCGUUAGGAUUGCAGCUGUAACUCUUUCUGACAAGCACAUAUUUCUUCCCAGAACAGCCUUUCAUUUGAUUAAAUAAAAUACUGCAGCAUAAUAAAAAUAAAACCUAUAGGAAAUAAAAUUAUAAAACUGUGCGGAAAAUGAUGAGCCACUAGGAUCUCCAUAUUUAACAAUAUAGCAGUUGUUGAAAUACAACUCUCAUCAUUCUAACACUAUUUGUAGUUUGAGAUUUGAAUAACUUCGUCUAUAUCUGCUUCUGUGCUGCAUUGCCGCAACAAAAGACAAUUUAGACACAACAAUUUCUUAAUAUUUGUUCAUUUAAUUUAUUUAGAAUUUAAAAUCAAUGAUCACUUCCAAAUGAGGAGUAGGUGCUUUGUUUUAUUGAAAUGUAUAUGUAAGGGACACUCUAAGCAUCAAAACAAUUGGCUCAAUGAAGCAGUUUUGGUGUAUAGAUCAUGCAUCUGAGUCUCACUGCUCAAUUCUCUGCCAUUUGGGAGUUAAUUCACUUUGUUUAUACAGCCCUAGCCACACCCCUCUUACAUGUGACUUACACAGUCUCCCUACACACUACCUGUAAGGAGAGAUCUAAUGUUUCAACUUUAUUUAUUGCACAGUCUGUUUAUUUUGAAUUUCUUGUCUCCUCUUGUUAAUAGCCUGCUGGUGGCUCCAACAACAUCCUGUAUGUGAUUAACGUUCAAUUGAACACACUGUGCUCUAAAGUCUGAAUUUAAAUGACACCAUUUUUUUCAUUCAGACUUUGGGAGUCACAGCUAGGCUGCAUAAACAGAAACAAAAGUGAUUUAACGCCUUAAUGGCAGAGAAUUGAGCAGUGAGAUUGCAGGGGCAUGAUUUAUACACCAAAAGUGCUUACAUAAGGUAACAUUGUUUGAUGUCUUCUUUGGUUAUGUCUUCGUGCAGGUGGUGGAGGCGGCCGAUGUUAUUUUGGAAGUACUAGAUGCCAGGGACCCACUGGGUUGCCGUUGCCCACAGGUGGAGCAGGCAGUCGUUCAGUCUGGCACAAACAAGAAGCUGGUUCUAGUCCUGAAUAAAAUAGGUAAAUACCAGAGGAUGAUUACUAUUAUGUCACCACGGCCGGAAAUGUAAGUGUGUGUAUAAAUAAUAAUAUAUAAUCUCUUUUUUUUUUUUUCUGGACAUCCUUAGUAAGUGUAAAACCCUGCCCCCUUAUUGGCUGCGAUUAUAUCAGUAUGCUCAUAGAGCCAAUAUGGCUCCCAGGUCUGAAUGAGGGGGGGAACGGGUAUAUCUUUGUUUGAAACUAGAAUAUUCUUUUUUUAAAAGGUUUGAAAUGAUUCAUAUAUAGUAUGGCCGCCAAUCAUACCCAAGCAUUUAGUUUAUUAUUGUAUAUCAUGAAUGGAAAUACCGUUCCAUGUAGAGUUAAAUCCAGUGUGGUUUUCCCGACCUCCCAAAUGCAUAUUUGUUAAAUAGAAGGGAUGCAUUAACAUAAUAUCAAAAAUCCUGGGCAGUGGCAGGUACCAUUUAAAUUAUUGUUGUAUUGUAUAAUUAGAAUAACAUCACAAACUAAAUAAAAUCUAAGUAAUAGCUCUCAUUGGAUAGAAAUGGGCAGUAGCCAUUUUUAAUGUAUUACUCCACGCGGUUCAUAUAAUAGCAGUUCUGUUGGCGCUGGUUUUACUCCUACAUGCCAGGGCAUUCAUUUAACAUGACAAGCCUUCCUCCGUCUGUGGUUUACUCCAAUGCUCCUUUGUUUAGAUCUGGUCUCGAAGCCCAUUGUGGAGAAGUGGCUGAAAUACCUUCGGAACGAGUUUCCUACUGUCGCCUUCAAAGCAUCCACCCAACAGCAGAACAAGAAUUUGGUACAGUACAUCUCCCUGUUCAUAACGGGGUAUUCUGAAACAUGAGCAGGAAUUCAAAGUGAAUUUAAAUUUCAGACAAAAUAGUCACACUGGAAAAGUUCUCUGAGUUAGCAAUGCUGCCAGUUUGACUACUUUGGCCUUAAAUUGGAAUUAACCCCUUAAGGACACAACUUCUGAAAUAAAAGGGAAUCACGACGGAAUAUUUCCAUCAUGUGUCCUUAAGGGGUUAAAUUAAAGUGAAUUUGAUCAAUUUUCACUUUAGUUAAUAACACUGAGACUUGAACUGAAAACAGAAGUUUAAAAAAAAAAAAAAACUAUUUGGAAAGAACCUCCAUUUGGCUGAAGUCAAGCUUUGCUUUUUUUUUUUUUUUUUUUAUAUGAAAUGUGUUUAUGAACUUAAAAGUAAACCUGUAGAUAUUUGAGAAAUGUUAACAUUCCAAAAAAAGAGUUUAAAACAUUAAAAAGCGAUUAGGUGGGGCUUCACCAAAUGUUCCUGUGGCACACGAGUAUGUCAUAAGCCACCUCAUACUGUGCCACAGUCUCAUUGACUUUAGGCCUGUAAUAGACUGAAGGCUGAUUAUUAAAGGGACACUGUAGGCACUGUAACUCCUUCAUCUCAUUUAAGUAGUUAAAGUGUCAGGAAUCCCCAUGUGCCGUUUUUCCAUUAAGUGUAAAAAUGUUUUUAAUGUUUUAAAGCUAAACGAGUCCUGGAGGACCAACCUCUAUGUGCUGCUUUGGCUAAUAAUGAGGAAUUGGCCUCAUCAGCAAAUGUUAACUGCGAUUGGCUUGGAGUAUCAGCUGACCUCUUUCGUCCUAUCACAGUGCCCAUUGCUGUUAUGAAUUGGUAUGGCUAGAAGUACAUUUGUAAUCUCUGCCUUAGCCACACCUUCAAUGGGUGGGCGGGGCUAUGGGAAUCCAGGAACCCCGAUUAUUUGUUAAACUGCCCUAGAAUGGUUUAACACUGAAUGGGGGGACAGUGUGGGGGAACCCUAGGCACUGCAACUAAUUCAGUGAGAUGAAAUUAUUAUACCUGCAGUGACCCUUUAAGUUUAUAUAUUUUUUUACGGUAAAUGUGAUUCCUUAAAUAGUGGCAGUUGAUUAAAACGAAUAAGUCGGGUUAACUAGAAAUGUGCAUAUCUUGCAUCCUACUUAAAUAUGGCUUUAUAUGUGUAAAUGUGAUAUUUUUAAGACACAGAUGGUUAUAUAAAAAAAAAAAAAAAAGUAUGUCUUAGAAAUGUUUCUCUCAUUGGCGUGUGCCUUGGUCAGUAAAAAGUUGUGAACCACCGCUUUAGCAGGAUUCUAUUCAAACGUGUAGAUCAACCUAAAAAGAACUGGUCAAAGAUAUUCACUUGGUGAACCAUUUUUUUUUUUAAAUACUUUAUUUAGGUUGUGCAUGAGUUAACAAGCAGAUGUGCACUGCCACAAUAGCUAGUGCAAUCAUAGCAAUAAACAUUGGUGAUCAACAGUGUGGCUGCAGAUACAAUGCAUGUUUUAUUUGUAUUUUUAUAUAGAGGAGUAGUUAGUAAGCUAGAAAUACAGGUCUAGACUGUGCUUAUCAUACAUUUGUACGUAAGGUUUUGCAAUCUAGGCUAUUAGGUUAAAGCAAAAAUGCUAAUAGUUAUAUAUGCUUGAAUGUGAGCUAUACAACGUGUGGGUGCAAAUAGUGUUUAGUCGAUUAACAUCUAUUGAUGUCCCACCUACGAUCCCCUGGAUGAUCAUAAACAAAAUAAUAAGUUCACUAGAGCGUACAUAAAUCUUAUAAGAGUGUUAAUCUGAAGCAUAGUAAGGUGAGCGAUAUAGAGCACUUUGCCUGGUAUUAAGUCCCAGUCCUGGUUCAGCCGAUGCCUAGCCGAUGCUGUGUGUACUCCCGCCGCUCUGUUCGUUGCAGCUUGCUCCGUCUGCAGGGUAUGGGGAAGCAUGGAGCCCCUGUGCUGUGAGGCGGUGUGCUUGUCUGAGGAUAUGUACUCCAAGGUAUGUUCAGAGCUGGGUUUGCCUGUUGGGGGCUGCUAUACCUCUUCAGUAGCCCUCCUGAUGCGGUCGCUCUCUUGGGUCUCGUGCCCCUCCUGGGGUUCACAUGGCGUUGCCGGGAGGCGGUCUUUGCUAUGCCCACUAUGGAUGGAUGGUUGGGUCUGGUCACUGCCUUACCCCCCUGGGUCACACGCGUCUGGUUCCGCGGCAGGUCCUCGGGCAGUGCCCCUGGGGCUGCAUGUGGGCCUCUAGUUUCUCCCAGAAGUAGGCAAAUAUUUUGUUCAGCCUGCGUUCCGUGUCUGUCCAUGUUUGGCUGAGGCCGGUGUCGUGGCAGGCAUCCGCCAUUUUAGAGGUCUUUCUGGUGUUUAGGUUAGGGCCCUAUGUCGAUGUAUUGAGUCCCUUGCUUUGCUUGGGGUUCACAUGAGGGUGGACCGGGAUAACCCCCGCCGGUCCAGAUGGGGGGGGAACGUAGGUCCAGUCUUAGGGUCUCAGUUUUUCGUGGCUGCGGGAGAGCGGCCGUCUCCACACGCCCGCCAUGCUUGUAGGCUGCAAAGUAGUUGCGAGUGGCCACAGCUCGGAUUGUCACUUGGAUGGUAUCAUCCUAUUCGACUUAGUGUCAGCAAGAGCUGGGUGGCCUCUCUGUAGUGAGAAAUCGUCUUUUUGUUAGUGAAAUUCAGCUUUUUCUCUGGCAGCCAACAGGAGCUGCACAGGUUUGCUUCCUCUCAGCUCUGCGGCCAGGCCCCGCCCCCACUUGGUGAACCAUUUAAAACUCAAAUUGCUAGUGGGGGAAAAAAACAUUUAUCUCACAGUGAACAUUUAUCAGCACACGUGAAAACAGAGAUCAGGCUGUGUGUAUGCCGCAUGUGUGGUGGGUGUUUAUUUUUAUUUAACUGCAGUAAUAAAAUUUAAACCAAAAAAAUAGAAAAAGUUUUGUGUCCCUCUCCUGCUUGCCCUUUUUGCAGGGAAGAUGCCAUCUUUCCUGGUGUCAUAGACUUGCAUUGGGGCAUUAAGGGUUGAUUAUACUAUGUAAUAAUACAUACAUACUGUUAACUAAUAUUCUCAUAUUUUACAGCAACAAAGCAGAGUGCCAGUCACGCAAGCAUCCCAGGAUCUGUUAAGCUCUGGCGCCUGUGUUGGGGCCGAUUCCUUAAUGAAGCUUCUUGGAAACUAUUGUCGGAACCUGGACAUAAAGACUGCUAUAAGUGUAGGAGUUGUAGGUAUGUAAUAUGGCUUUGUAUAAAAAUUAAAGGGACACUAUAGUCACCAAAGUAACUUUAGCUUAAUGAAGCAGUUUUAGUGUACAGAGCAUGCCCAUGCAGUCUCACAGCUUGAUUAUCUGCCAUUUAGGAGUUAAAUAACUUUAUGCAGCCAAAGCCACACCUCCCUGCGUGUGACUUGCACAACCUACCUAAACACUUCCUGCAAAGAGUCAUCUAAUGUUUAUACUUUUUUUUUAUUGCAAAUUCUGUUUAAUUUAGAAUUUCUUAUCUACUGCUCUGUUAAUAGCUGUCUAGACCCUACAGGAGCCUCCCUGUAUGUAAUUAAAGGUCAAUUUACUGAGCAGGAGAUAAAAACAUUUAAAGUAAGUUACAUCUGAUUGAAAAUGAAACCAUUUUGUUUCCAUGCAGGCUGUGUCAGUCACAGCCAGGGGAGGUGUGGCUAGGGCUGCAUAAACAGAAACAAAAGUGAUAUAACUCCUAAAUGGCAGAGAAUUGAGCAGUGAAGCUUCAGAGGCACAAUCUAUACACCAAAACUGCUUCAUUAAGCCAAAAACUGUUUUGGUGACUAUAGUGUCCCUUUAAUGAAAAAUGUUCAUUCAUAAAAUGCAUCUUAAUUCUCAAACAGAACUUUGAAAUUGUUGUUAAUUGGUAUUUUUGCUCAUUUUUUAAUACUCCUUUCCCAGGACACUUAGUAUUUUUAAAGCUUUGCCCUUAAGUCAUGACAACCUCCCAAUGUGGCAAAUAUUGAUAACUAGAUAUUGAUUAUGUAUGCCGAAAUGUAAUUCUAGUAGCUUUAGUAAAUUAAUAUUUGUGUUCCCAGAGAUGGACGGAUAUAUUAUGUUUUCCACCAUCCUUUAGCAUCAGGGUUGUUGCUCUAUUUUUACUUUUUUAUUUUGAUUAAAUAUUACCUUACACCAUAAAUUGUAGCCAUGAAAACUGACCUUUUAUAAAGCCUUUUAAUGGUUUUAGCAAAGAGGACUGAAAGAACAUCAAUCCCCAUAACAAGAAAAUCUUACGUGAUACGCACUUUUCCCAAUUCUACUUUGAUUCAUUUUUUUUCUUUAUUGUGCAUUGUAUAGCCGUAUUCUGCAUUGGAUCACUGUGUCAUACAUUGUAGAACCGGCUGUAUAUCAGAUUUUGCUGCGUAACAUUAUAUAAACAUUUAUAUGUAUUAAAACGUUACGGCUUUCCCAAAAAGUAGCUAGUUAUUGGGAUACUAUGCUGACAGUGCUGUCAGAAAUUCUUUCAAAAUCAAACUACUUGUCCCCUUGCUUGUUCCUCCUUUCUAACAGAGUUACUCUCACUAAAGUGAGAAGUCAAGUGGAAUUUACAUUUUAAGGUUAAAAUAGCCAAAAUGGAAAUAUUCUCCUAGUAAGCAGCUGCUUUCAGUUCUGUUACUCUGGCCUUAACUUUGAAAUGUACUCUUUCAGUUGUGUAAGAACGUAGACUCCUUCACAACCCACACGAAUAGAUUAGCAUUAACAAAACUUAGGGCUCUUGUAGAGAUGUGGAGAAGUAUUGAAACACCGCCAAGGUCUGCAGUUAUUUAGAGAGUUAGACACAAUGGGUGAACAGCCAAAUUCCGACGUACACGGGUUCUGUCAAAAGGUCUGGGAUCAAUGACUAGGAAUCCAGUGUCACAGAGAUACUCUAGUCUCUCUCAUUUCUGACACAUGACGUUCUGUUCGGGACUCAAGGAGUCUCUUCCCCCUUUUCCGCCUGUUUUUUCUCACCUUCUCUUCCUUUCUUGUUUGAUUGUACCGCCAUCUGUAAAAAAAAUAAAGAAUUGUGGAUUGAAUGUAUUUAAACACAUAUGGUAGUUAUUUGUUAUAUUUUAAUAUCUGUGUAAUGGGCAAUUUUAUAUACCCUUUACAUACAUAGUUCAAUUUGUCUUCUCUUACAGGGUUUCCAAAUGUGGGGAAGAGCAGUUUGAUAAACAGUCUGAAGAGGGCGCGUGCCUGCAACGUGGGAGCCACACCUGGGGUAACCAAGUAAGUUUUGAGCUUGACAUUAUUAAUACUCCAUUAUCCAUCAUGAAGAUCAGAAAACAUGCAAAUGUUAUUACUUACUCAGGAAGGGGUAGGCAACCUUCUGAACUCUCCCCUAAUAGAAACAUAGAAUGUGACGGCAGAUAAGAACCAUUCGGCCCAUCUAGUCUGCCCAGUUUUCUAAAUACUUUCAUUAGUCUCUAGCCUUAUCUUAUAGUUAGGAUAGCCUUAUGCCUAUCCCAUGCAUGAUUUAAUUCCUUUACUGUGUUAACCUCUUCCACUUCAGCUGGAAGCCUAUCCCAAGCAUCCACUACCCUCUCAGUAAAGUAAUACUUCCUGAUAUUAUUUUUAAAACUUUGUCCCUCUAAUUUAAGGCUAUGUCCUCUUGUUGUGGUAGUUAUUCUUCUUUUAAAUAUAGUCUCCUCCUUUACUGUGUUGAUUCCCUUUAUGUAUUUAAAUGUUUCUAUCAUAUCCCCCCUGUCUCGUCUUUCCUCCAAGCUAUACAUGUUAAGAUCCUUUAACCUUUCCUGGUAAGUUUUAUCCCGCAAUCCAUGAACCACUUGAUACAUUGGAUGACGUUCGGGCUCAGGGGUGAAUGGGCAGGUAUACUAUACUUCUUUUAAAUAUACCAUCCUCCUUUACUGAUGCUUUGCCAGCAUUAAGGCUGUAAGAGCAUUAUGUGAGCUGUAGUCCACAACAUCUGGAGUACCAAAGGCUGCCUACCUCUGUAGGUAAUAGGGCUUGUAGUCCGACAGUUGGAGAAUCUUUAACUGGUGUCAUCACAGAACUCUACAUAGUCUCUGGUUCCAUCUAUGUCUCUAUUUCACUCUACUCACCAACCCCAAUUUAGGUUGUCUUGUUUUUCUUAAAAUGAGCUUGAAGACCCUAAGAACUUUAUUAUGUAGUGUUCAGUGUAGGAUUGACUGAUACAUGCAACUCUUCCAUCUAACUUAGGUGCCUACAGGAGGUUCAUUUGGACAAACACAUCAAACUCCUGGACUGUCCAGGAAUAGUCAUGGCUACUACCACGUCAGAUGCAGCCAUGAUCCUGCGUAACUGUGUGAAGAUAGAGCAACUUAUGGACCCUGUAGGGCCAGUGGAGGCCAUAUUGAGACGUUGCAACAAGGAGCAGGUAAAAUAUGACUAUCCAAAAUUCAGGGGUCUAGGAAGUUUUCACUAAUGAAACAAAAAUUACUUCAAAAGAACUUUUACAUAAUCCGUGGUCACAUAGUGUCCAUCCAAAAGUAUAGGAUAGCAUGAAAUCGCUCCAGCUGCAGCCUUCUGCAGAGACGGGACUGGCCUAAAAUGUUGUCCAUGCCAACUUCCGGUUGGUAAAUGCCCUAGAAUAUCUGUGAUUUAGAUGAACAGAUUCUUUUGACUGUAGAAUCCUCAUCGGACUCAAUUUACAAACAUGAGUAUAUUGCAUUUAUAGUUUAACAGAUUGGCUUUUAAGCCAGACUCCAAGGAUCUUCAAUGGUUGAGGGUCUGUCACUAUAUUCAGUGCAGUGGAUAUGGGCAGUCCCUAAAUACCGUGGCUCUUGAGUACUGGUUUAAGACACACUAGGUCUAGAGUUUCAAAUAGCUUUGUUCUAGCCUUGUAAAUAUCUUCUUACAGAUCUUACAACACUACAAGGUGACAGAUUUUAGAGAUACCCUGGAAUUCUUAGCCAUGCUUGCUAAACGGCAAGGAAAGUUGAAGAAAGGGGGGACACCAGACCAUGACAAGGCGGCCAAAUCUGUGCUAACAGACUGGGUUAGGUAAGUGUUUUAAUAUAAAAAUGAGGUAGGGGUGUGUCGUAAAGUGGGAACAACAUGCAAACAAUAUUUCAUAGUUCGUGUAAAAAAACAAAACCAGGACACCAGCUUACGUUACGGGGUUAAACCAAUAACAUACGGUUUAACUGCAAAGUAUUGUAUUCAGUGCCAGUUAGCUCUCAUAGGCUGAGAUUGUCAGCUCACACUCCCAGCCUAUUAGCAGUGCCCACGUAAGAGGCUUCCUGAUUCAAGCCUUGAACAGAAGCUGAAGGUAAGCUGGUACCAGGAACCGUAACAACUUUAUUCCAAUUAAUUUGUUAUGAUUCCCAGAGUGUUCCUUUACAACCGGCCAAAGAUUUUUAUUUUUCAAAGAGUCUCUUUCAACUAAUUUUUAAUAGUGUUUUAUAUCAAUGAAAAUUUAAAGACUUUUUUUUUUAUUAUUAUUAAAUGUUAUAAAUUUUGGUAUAAUUUGCUUCGAUCUUUGAUGCAUUUUUUUUCUUCUCUGCUUUUCCUCUCUCUUCAGUGGUAAAAUAAGUUAUUUUACUCACCCGCCAGAGACCCACACAAUGCCCACGCACAUCAGCGCUGAGAUUGUUACAGAAAUGGGGAAAGCCUUUGAUUUUGAAGCACUGGAAGCGGACAAUAAGGAGUCCUUGUCAAGUAAGUGGUGCAGAGAAUAUUGAGGGGAUUCUGCAUUGUGGCCAAGAUCACAGCUGAGUUUAAAGGGGCACUGGAGGGACUGUAACAACUUUAUCUUAUUGAAGUGUCCAGACUCUCCCUGGUGCCGUCCUUCUAUUCAGUGUUAAACCAUCUUUAACAUUUUAAUGCUAAACUAGAGUCCACAGCAGCCCAUCCCUUUUGUGCUGCUUGAUCUAAGGAGGAAGUACACCUCCAAAGUGUUUAGAAGGGACAGUCCCUAUUGUGGGCCCUAAAUUCCUCUGUCCCUUUUUUUUUUAAUCCUAAUGUCCCUCUUUUUUGGGAGCUCCAUAUUGUUGGUGUGUCUGAGUGUUUAAUAGAGCUCUGCAGCAAUAAUACUCUCUGUAAUGUGUCUUUCAGUUACAAUAGAUGUUUUAGAAAUCAGUCUGUGUAAGUGAGAUACAUGGUUCUUGUUCUAAAUUAUGUUUUAGUUGAAUAAAUUGAUAGUAGUAAGUCACAUAAAAUGUCUCACAACUGCCCCGUUCCUGGCCACAGCUCCACUCACACCCCUAAAAUUAAAGUGUCCCUCUUUGUCCACUUGAAAAGUUGGGAGAUAUUAGGACACACUAGCUUGAGCAGAAGUGGGCGGUUUUGAUUGGCUGAGAGUGUCAGCUGACUGCUUUCAGCCUCUAACAUUACUGGUAUGAAUCGGUAUGGCUAGAAAUAAAUGUGUACUCUCUGCCUUAGCCACACCUCCAGUAGAAGCCGGGCUGCAGAUGGCCAGGGACCCUUUAGUGUUAAACUGCUCGAAAAUGGUUUAACACUGAAUGCAAACACUGCAUCAAGGGACUCCGUGCACUAUAAUCAAUUCAUGAGAUGAAAUAAAUACAGUUUCUACAGUCUCCCUAUAAUCAGAAGUCUGCAGCAUUUCUCAUUCCUGUCUGCUAACCCUGUUUAGUGGCAUUUGUUAAUAUCUGAGCUACAGCUGAACUCACCUGAAGUAAAGUAGGAAUAUCAUAAAAUAGUGUUUUUGUUUUGCUUUUUGGGUCCUGAUCGCAAGUCUUAACCCCUUAAGGACAAAACUUCUGGAAUAAAAGGGAAUCAUGACAUGUUACACAUGUCAUGCGUCCUUAAGGGGUUAAAGGACCACUAUAGUGCCAGGAAAACACUCGUAUUCCUGGCACUAUAGUGCCCUGAGGGUGCCCCCACCCUCAGGGUCCCCCUCCUGCCCGGCUCUGGAAGGGGUAAAAACUUACCUUUCUCCAGCACCGGGCAGGGAGCUCUCCUCUUCCGAUCCUCCUCCGUUCCUCCCCGUCGGCUGCGCGCGCAUUCAGCCGGUUGCAUAGGAAAGCAUUUGCAAUGCUUUCCUAUGGACGCUGGCGUGCUCUCACUGUGAAAAUCACAGUGAGAAGCACGCAAGCGCCUCUAGCGGCUGUCAAUGAGACAGCCGCUAGAGGAAUUGGGGGAAGGCUUAACUCAUUCAUAAACAUAGCAUUUUCUCUGAAACUGCUAUGUUUAUAAAAGAAUGGGUUAACCCUAGCUGGACCAGGCACCCAGACCACUUCAUUAAGCUGAAGUGGUCUGGGUGCCUAGAGUGAUCCUUUAAGAACAUGACUAUAUUGAUCAAUAUUAUCAGCGUUUACAUAGCGAGAACUUAUUCCGCUGUGCUUUACAAUAUUAUAAAAGGGAGAAGUUUAACAAUAAAUGAGACCAUUACAAAAUGCUAGAGGAACAAUAGGUUGAUGAGGACCCUGCUCAAACAAGCUUACAGUCUAGAGGAGGAUAAUAUUUUCUUAGUUGCCAACCCCACUUGGAAAGGUUGACAUUUCAGAAUAUUUGUUUGUAAUUCUGUGAUCCCCUCCAGAGAUACAGGCUGCCCCUCAAGGCAUUGCCAUGGAAGCAUCAGGUCUAACCACAGCAGCUCAAGAGGUGGAUGACGUCGAACUAGAUGAAUCCAGCGAGGAGGAAGAAGCUCCUAAUUCUAUGGAAGAGGACGUAGAUCCCGAGGUAUGACCUUGUACAAGCUGGCUUUUUCUUUGGGAACAUUGGAAUUUUACAAAAAAAGUUACAUUUUGAAUCUGUUCAACAUUUAUGCACUUUAAAACAUAAGAAACGUACCUUGCAUGAUAUGUGUUCUGUAAAACCAUCAGGGAGUAGACUGCUGUAGGAUGUUGCAAAUAAUAUUAACAAUAAAUUAGAAAAGCAAAUAGCCUACUGCACAAUUAGGCAGCCCUCCACCCUAGACCAUGAUGGACUAUUUGGCCAUCCUCGCUCUGUUAUAUACAUAGGGACAUAAUUCAGUGCCAUCUGUUUGUCACUACCCCUAAAAUAAAUGCUCAGGGACUACACUCAUUUCGUAUAUAAAAGAAACGCACUUGAAAACCGCUUUUAAGGCUGUGAUAGAUAUAAAUGCUAAUAGUGUACGCGGAUCCAAUAAUCCAAUAUAAUUGGAUAGUGGUCUCAUAAAAGGUUUCCUGUUUAAGUGUUGUAUCGGUAUUCAGUUAGUCCUUAUUCAUGGCACAGCAGUGGAUUUAUUGUGCUCUGUCUUCCAGUUUGGCCCUAUGACUGUUGAAAUUAAAAGCACCAAAACUAAGUCAAAGACUGAACCUGAACAGAUCCCCAAAGCCCCCAACCUUAACGAAAUCAGAGCGGUGGACCCCCUGCAGCAAGGACAAGCCCUGCGUGCCGCUGGCAAGAGGCGGAAAAAGCUGCAGAAGCGAGCAAGUAAGUUUAACAAGCUUGUUGUCCUAGUUUGUGGAUACAACACUGAAAGGAGUGAUGUAAAGAUGCAAUAGAGUUAGUUUAUUAAAAAGGAUUGCAGUACCCACCAGUUGCCUCUGGAUGUCUUCAUUGUGUUAAGUAUAAAGUUAUUUAAAUGGGUCCGCACUAUAAUGAAUUUAGCAAAGAUUACAGUGAGUAUACACUGACAGGGUUAUUCAGUAAACGUUUCCCAAAUCUGCUUGUUUAGAUUCACCAUUCUGAUUAAAUUUGCUAGAAUUCAAAAUUUAGUGAACUGUGAGUUAUGUGCAUCUGCAGGGUUUUGCUAAGCAAGGCCAGUAACGUUGGGGGAAAACAUUUUUUUUUAUUCUAUUUUAAGGCACUAAUUAAGGUUGUUUAACAUCUUUCUGCAGACAAAAUCGCUACCAAGCUCUCAGACUCCCUGACUAUGGCCAUGAAUUUCGGGCUGUGUGAUGACUGAAUAAUCAGCGUCCCAGCAGGCUCAGUGCUGCUUCACAAGAAUGGUUCUACGAAAAGGCCGAAUUGGAAAGAGAGACUCUACGCACUCCGCUCCCUUAAUCUGUGUACAUACUCAUUGCUGUGUUAAGUUAUAUCAAGACUGAGAACUUGCUGUAAUACAAGUACUUAAAGCCAACAAGCUGCUUGGACAGUUUCAUUUUAAUGCCAAAAUAGAAUUAAACAAAAAAACUGGGAACGCAAAAGCACCGGUAUUAUCUAAUGGCCAAAACGUGCAUUUUUUUUUUACAAUUCAGUUUUCUUUUCCCCUCACUUUGUAUGGGAACAUUAAAUUUAGCAGCUUGUAUUUACAGUUUGUGUUUAAAAUGUGUCUCGUGCCUUUUAUAGCUCUUGGUCUAAAGUGUAUAUUGGGUAAGGGGUGGGGAUUAAGUGUACAUUGAAUUUUCAGCGUAUAUGGAAGUAGAGUACGUAAAAAAAGGGGGCAUGUGUUAUGUUUCAUGGCCGUUAUAGUGUAAGAUCAUAACAGAUGAGUACAAUCAGUGUAUGACUUUCAUGGUCUUAUAGCGUUAUAUAAAAACUCUCCAGCUAUGCUUAAUGUGGAAUUUAUGGUUAAGCCCACAGGUAAAACACAAAAAUGUUCAAUAGAAACACUUUAAUAGAAUAUACUAAAAAUGACAAGAUAGAGCUGAUGCAUUAAGGGUCUCAGUCCAUAGCAACAUAUGUUUAAAUAUCUGCAUUGAGAUGGUCCAUACAGUGGUGGGGGGGACGGUGGUAUCUGAACAGUGAAUACAUUUUUCUUGGAAUAUUUAACUUGUAUUUGUUUCAGUUGAUGAGACUUCAGCUUACACAGAAGGUGACUUGUUCCUUGAUUCUGCAUUGUGUAUGGUAUACCUACAACUGAAAAUACA